CAAGUCCCCUUUCUUUUAUACAGUUUUAUAUGUUGUUCCACACGAUAGAGUCCUUGCUUAAUGCCUAUAGAUGAUGAGUUCCCAUUUCCUUGUAAUCCUUAGUCUCAUCUUUCCUUUUCAUUCCCAAGCCCUUGCAAGAAAUGAUGAAGUUUUUCCUGAGGAAACACUUGGAGGGAAUCAAGAGUGGCACACUGUGGAAAACAUCAACACUGAGAAUGGAGUUGCAUUUGCUAAUCUCGGAUCAUGGAAAGCUCAUCGAGGGCAUCACUUCAGGAAUGCUCAUGGGAUUCUGAACAUCAUAGGAUGGGGAGGUCUCUUGCCUAUUGGAGUGAUAGUUGCGAGAAACUUCAGGCGAGUUCCCCUGAAAUGCGAUGAAUGGUAUAAUCUACAUGUACGCUGUCAAACUUCAGGUUACAUUGUUGGAGCAAUUGGAUGGGGCGUUGGGUUGUGGCUUGGAAGUUCUUCCAAGCAACAAACUUUAAGAACACACAGAAAUCUUGGCACCAUUAUAUUCACAUUUGCAACAGUACAAAUGCUGGCCAUUUGCUUGCAACCAAAGAGAGAAGAUGAUCAUCGCAGAUGGUGGAAGAUAUACCAUCAAGUUUUGGGAUAUGCACUGAUUGCUAUGAUAAUAGCAAACAUAUUUCAAGGGAUUCAGAAUGAAGCCCAUUCUGAGAAGUGGAAAUGGGUGUACGUGGGAGUUCUUGUAGCUUUAGGUUUUGUUGGAAUAUCAUUGGAAAUUUUCAGAUGGGUGAAGCCCAGAAUUCAUAUCAAUUUUUAACAAAUUCAUCCAAUUACAUUUAUUGUAUUUGCA